UCACGGGCGGGGCGGCAGCUGCAUCCCGCCUUUCUACAAAUCAUUACAAGAUUGUCACUUUGCAAACUUCCUCAUCCUUUUCUGCAACGAUUCCGAGUCCUGAAGCGAGGUUAAAAUUUAAAUAGUGGCCUAAGAAUGUGCUCAUUCAAGCAGCUUGAUCAAGAAAUCAACAUGCAGACUCAGCAUACCACAGUCACACAGAUCCACUUCCUCCUAAGGAUUCUGCUGCUCUGCAUGUCUUUUGGGAAGUCACACACUGAAGAAGACUUCAUAAUUACAACCAAGACUGGAAGGGUCCGAGGGCUGAGCAUGCCCGUUCUUGGUGGCAGAGUGACUGGCUUUCUCGGUAUCCCCUAUGCUCAGCCUCCUCUGGGUAGCCUAAGAUUCAAAAAGCCGCAACCCUUAAACAAAUGGCCUGACAUCCAUAAUGCCACUAAAUAUGCAAAUUCUUGUUAUCAGAACAUAGAUGACGCCUUCCCAGGCUUUCAGGGAUCAGAAAUGUGGAAUCCGAACACGAACCUCAGUGAAGACUGCUUGUAUCUGAAUGUUUGGAUUCCAGUACCUAAGCCCAAAAACGCCACAGUCAUGGUAUGGAUCUAUGGUGGUGGCUUUCAAACUGGGACCUCCUCUCUACCUAUUUACGACGGGAAGUUUCUAGCUCAUGUUGAAAAAGUUAUUGUAGUUUCAAUGAACUAUAGGGUAGGUGCCCUAGGAUUUCUAGCUCUUCCGGGAAAUCCUGAGGCUCCAGGAAACAUGGGUUUAUUUGAUCAACAGUUGGCACUUAAGUGGAUCCAAAGAAAUAUAGCUGCUUUUGGAGGGAAUCCUAAAAGUAUAACGAUUUUUGGAGAAAGUGCAGGGGCAGCUUCAGUUAGCUUACAUCUGCUCUGUCCCCAAAGUUAUCCUUUGUUUACCAGAGCCAUUCUGGAAAGUGGCUCCUCUAAUGCCCCCUGGGUAGUGAAGUAUCCAGAGGAAGCCAGAAACAGAACCUUGGCCUUAGCUAAAUUUACUGGUUGUUCAAAAGAGAAUGAGAUGGAGAUGAUUAAAUGCCUUCGGAGUAAAGAUCCCCAGGAAAUUCUUGUGAAUGAAAAGUCCGUUCGCCCCUCUGAUUCCAUCGCAUCGGUAAAUUUUGGGCCAACAGUGGAUGGUGAUUUUCUCACUGAUAUGCCCCACACACUACUCCAACUCGGAAAAGUGAAAACAGCUCAGAUCUUAGUGGGUGUUAACAAAGAUGAAGGGUCAUCUUUCCUUGUGUAUGGUGCUCCGGGUUUCAGCAAAGACAAUGAUAGUCUUAUCACACGGAGGGAAUUUCAAGAAGGUUUAAAUGUGUAUUUCUCUGGAGUGAGCGGAUUAGGGAAGGAAGCAAUCCUUUUCUUCUACGUGGACUGGUUAGGUGACCAGGCACCAGAAGUCUACCGUGAAGCUUUGGAUGAUAUUAUUGGAGAUUACAACAUCAUAUGCCCUGCAUUGGAGUUUACCAAGAAAUUUGCAGAGCUUGAAAAUAAUGCUUUUUUCUACUAUUUCGAACACCGAUCUUCCCAACUACCUUGGCCAGAAUGGAUGGGAGUAAUGCAUGGCUAUGAAAUUGAAUUUGUGUUUGGUUUACCUCUGGAAAGAAGAGUUAAUUAUAUGAAAGUUGAGGAGAUUUUUAGUCGGUCCAUAAUGAAAAUUUGGGCAAAUUUUGCAAAAUAUGGACAUCCCAAUGGGAUCCAGGGCAAUAGCACAAUGUGGCCUGUCUUCACAAGUACUGAACAAAAAUACCUAACUUUGAACACAGAGAAGUCAAAAAUAUACUCUAAACUCCGUGCUCCCCAAUGCCAAUUCUGGAGACUAUUUUUUCCAAAAGUCUUGGAAAUGACAGGAGACAUUGAUGAAACAGAACAAGAGUGGAAGGCAGGAUUCCAUCGCUGGAGCAAUUACAUGAUGGACUGGGAAAAUCAAUUUAAUGAUUACACUAGCAAGAAAGACAGUUGUCUGGCUAAUUAAUAGAUAUACCCUUUAUAGAAUAUUCAUUUUCCUGUAGAUGAAGGCAAAAAUACAAGUACCUCUCUCCAUAUAUACCAAGAAUACUAUUACACAACAGAGAAGAAAUGCCAACUGAGAAUACUGAUUCCUUACAUCUUUCACUUAGUAUUUUACCUCAUAUCCUGAACUGAGUUAUUAGAUGUUGUUUUUUAAUUAAUUUUUUGCAAUGUAUACUUUGACAAUUAAUUACAUGCUGCUUUGAUAUUACUUUUCUGAAUAACAUUAGAGCUUUUACUUAAAAGCUACAUCAUCUGCUUUUAUUCAAUCCUGUAUUUUCAGAGCUAACUAUAUAAAACUAUUGUUAAGAUCUGAAUUGGAUUUUGAAACAACGGAUGUUAUAGUUUAUAUUACAGUUGCCUACAAUUAAUUCAUAAGUCUAGUAUCAGUAUCAAAUAGUAAAACAAACAAAUAGUAAAACAAAAAGUUGGCUAUUCAUAUAUGUAGAGACAAGAGAGAAUAUGAAAGUAAGAGCCAGAGUAUCUGUGAGCAAUUAUACUGAAACAAAAUAUGACUAACAACAAAAGCAAGGAAUUUCAGGUACUGUUAAAAAUCAUGCCAACUGGCUGUCCUGAGAGAGAAAUCAUGCUUCAGGCAUCAUUUCAUGAGCAUGGUUUGUCACAUGAAUCAUAUCACAUCCAUAAUUCAACAGCCAAAGAAAAUAUGUGGUUCUAAUAUGCACAGGAAUUCUAGAAUAGAAUCCUCUGCCUCCACACUGUGCUAUAGGAUAGAAGGCAGAAACCAUUGUCUGGGAACUCUCAGAGAUCCCAUCUUUAACAUAUUCACAGCUGAAACAAAAGUUUGGUUUAAAUUAUUCACAGAAAGAGUCUGUAAAUGCAAACUCCACAUAUCAGUCUUCCUUAGGGUUAGUACUUGAGGAGCAAUUGCUGUAGCAAUAAAUAAAGCUACUGAACUAUCAA